UAUGAAAAGUUCCUGUUUCUGUUCUAGCCACAGCAGCUGUAUGGAAUGAACCACACAGCUGUGUGGGUUACCAUGGCAACACUUCAUCGGGAUGCAUGGGACACAGAUCCCAACACUCACCAGACACCUGCAUCAUAAUGAAGUCAGAAGUGACUAACAUUGACCCCAUUAAAUUAUCAAAACACACAAACUGUCACCCUAAAUCCACGGAAAAUUUUUGUGUUAGCAAUUGUAUACCGAUACAGCAGCGCACUAAUACACACACAGGCCAAAAACGUUUCUUGUGUCAAUUAUGUUCUGCUAAGUUUAGCAAGUCUUCUAAUCUCAAGCAGCACUCUCUUACACACACUGGAGAAAAACCUUUCCCUUGUACUGUAUGUUCUGCUAAGUUUAGCACAUCAUCUCAUCUCAAGCGGCACUCUCGUACACACACUGGGGAAAAACCGUUCUCUUGUACUGUAUGUACUGCUAAGUUUAGCAAGUCUUCUCAUCUCAAGCGGCACUCUCUUACACACACUGGAGAAAAACCUUUCUCUUGUACUGUAUGUACUGCUAAGUUUAGCCAGGCUAGUAAUCUGAAGACACACUCUCUUACACACACUGGAGAAAAACCUUUCUCAUGUACCGUAUGUACUGCUAGGUUUAGCCUGGCUGGUAACCUGAAGAAGCACUCUCUUACACACACUGGAGAAAAACCUUUCUCUUGUACCGUAUGUACUGCUAAGUUUCGCCAUGCUAUUUCUCUUAAGCAGCACUCUCUUACACACAUUGGAGAAAAACCUUUCACAUGUACCGUAUGUACUGCUAGGUUUAGCCUGGCUGGUAACCUGAAGAAGCACUCUCUUACACACACUGGAGAAAAACCUUUCUCUUGUACCGUAUGUACUGCUAAGUUUCGCCAUGCUAUUUCUCUUAAGCAGCACUCUCUUACACACACUGGAGAAAAACCUUUCUCCUGUACUCUAUGUUCUGCUAAGUUUCGCCAGGCUAGUAAUCUGAAGAGGCACUCUCUUACACACACUGGAGAAAAACCUUUCUCUUGUACCGUAUGUACUGCUAAGUUUAGCAAAGCUAGUUCUUUGAAGCGGCACUCUCUUACACACAAAUGAGAAAUCAAUUUCUCGUAUUGAGUAUUUCUGCUAAAUUUAUCCAACAUUUUGGUCUGCAGAGACAUGUUCCUACAUUCAUUGGAAAAAAAAAAACA